AUGAAUGGAGCUGUAAACAAGUCGAAUAGGAGACAACGUGAGGUACCUUUAGCGGCAGCUGCGACAGUUCUGCAGCUGGUUGGUCGGUGGGAGGCGCCGUGCCGCUGGUGGUUGCCUGCGGGCGGCGGGAUGCGGACGUGGCUGCACGCGCCGCUCCCUGUCCGCUCGGUUGACGGGGGAGGGGGCGCUCCUGAAGUUCCCUGUGCACCUGUGACCCCAUGGUUGUCUAGGAGCAGACAAUUGUGA